UCUUCUUCUUCUUAUUAUAAAUAAAAAAUAAAACGUGGGGAAAAGAAGAAACGUGUCAAACUUAUUAUGGUCUCUUCUAUACAUUCAUCUUCACCUCCUACAUUCUCCUUUUUAUUACAACGAGUACUUAGUGACCCAAAAUUAUUAUGCGAUUUUGAACAAUUCCUCGGUCAGACCUGGUGUCAUGAAAACCUUUUAUUUAUUGAAGCCAUGUCUCAAUUACGUCAUGAAGAAAAUCAACGAUCUAUUGAAUUAUCUUUACAACGUAUUUACAAGACAUUUAUUGCUAUUGGUGCACCUAUGGAAUUAAAUAUUACUACUCAAGAUCAAGUUAAACGAAAAAUGGAUUCUUUGAAAUGGUCUAUUAUUGAUCGAGAGGAAGCUUUAAAUACACUUAAAGAAACUGAAAGUGAAGUUUUAACUAUGUUGCAAGCCAAACUGUCAGAAUAUAUCCAAACUCAACAAGCUAUUAUUCAGGGCUCCAGUCAAAUUUGUCCCAACAAGAAUCAAAUCCGGAUCUGUAUUAUUGGUGGUGGAUUUGUUGGAUUCACUGUUGCCUCUAUUUUAGAUGCCAUGCCUAUUUUUCAUGUGACUCUUAUUGAUACCAAAGCUGCUUUUGAAUAUACUCCUGGAAUUGUUAAGAAAUUGGUGAAUCCAUAUCAAUCUACAUCUUUACGAGUUCAACAUGAUUCUUAUGUACGAAAUGGGAAAGUGAUUAUUGGUUAUGUGGAUGAAAUUGCUAAUGAUGCUAAAUCUCUUCUUGUCAAUGAUACAAAGAUUUCUUUUGAUUAUAUGGUGAUGGCCACUGGUAGUUCUUAUAGCUCUCGUUUGAAAUCAGAUGAUAUUUCCGCAUUGUACCGAUUAACUGGAUUAGAAGAAGCUUAUGCUGAAUUAUUGACUGCCAAGACUAUUCUUAUUGUUGGUGGAGGUCUCGUUGGAUGCGAAUUAGCAAGUGAAAUCUCUCAAACCAAGUUUCCGGGUCCCUAUCCUCACAAAAAAGUUACCAUUGUGGAAUCAAAUUCAUCUGUAGUUUGUCGUAGUUCAUUGGAACAACAACAAAAGGCAACAAAGUACCUUCACAAUCUAGGCGUAGAGGUUAUCUGCAAUGAACGUAUCAUUGAUUUUGAUGCUGCAUCCACAAGCAACACUUAUAUUGGAUCAAGUGGAAAAUUAUAUCAAGGUUAUGAUAAAGUAUUUCUGACGACAGGUACCAUUCCAAAUAGUCAUCUGUUUUCCAUGUCACCCAAUCUCAGUGCAUGUGUCGAUACCUGGGGUCGAAUUCAAGUCAAACCUACUCUUCAAAUAGCUCAUUGGGAAUAUCAACAUAUCUUUGCUGGUGGAGAUGUAACAAAUGUCACCGAAGAAAAAACUGGCUAUGCUGCUACUCUCUCUGGUGUAUGUAUUGCAAGAAAUAUCUGCCGUAUGGUGAAAGGAAAGGAACCUCUCAAACAAGGUAAAAAAGGUACUCUUGCUGCUCCUAGUAAACCUCUUCAUGGUAUUUCCUCUCAUGGUGGUAUUGGUAAACAAAAACUUGGUAGUUUUAAGAAAGCAUUCUCCUUUUUAAAUCCAUCAUGGGCCGCCUUGAAAUACUUUGACGAACAACAGUUUUUACAAUUGGUACAAGGACAAUUGUUAUAUACAACACAUGGAGUGAUUGGACGACUUCCUCGACUAUUGACCUUCUCAUCCUUAGAAUCAUCAUCCACUCCUUUACUUAGAAAAUCAUCCAGUAGCCAAACAUUUGCAUGGUAUGACAAUAAUGAUUCAAGUCGCCUCAGCAGUAGUAUGUCAUUACACAGCGAUAGUACUAUUCGUUCUUCCCGAUCCUCCUCAUCACAUAGUCAAAGUCACUCCAGUCAAGGAGAUGAGAUCAUAAACUCACAACAACGACCCAUCAAGACAAUCAAGGAUCAACCUCAACAACAACAGCAACAACAACAACAACAAUCUAUCUUGGAUUCUCCUUAUAUACAACAAUUCAUCUCGGAUCAUUUUCCAUUUCAACAUGAUAUCAGUAAUAACCGUAUUCCUUCACCUGCCUUGGCUGUCAAGCAAAAUUCGGACAAACAACGUUAAUUCUGUAUCACCUCAUUCCUUUGGUAUUCCUAUUAUAUAUAUAUAUACAACUAGCAUUUCUCUCUCUCUCUCUCUCUUUUU